AUGGCCCAACAUUCAACAAUGGCAAUAUUUCGUAUUGCUACGAUCAAUGUUCACGGAUUCAUCAAUCCGUGGACAGGUUUAAGUAAUGCACAACCUUUGGCCUCAAUACUUGCGCCACUCGAACUCGAUCUGAUUGCUUUAGAAGAAGCAACAAACGAUACCGAUUCGAGAAUAUUUCAGGAUCAUCUCUCCUUACCUCAUUCGGUUUUUGGAGCAAGCUACACGUCUACCCAUGGCAAUGCCAUUUUCUCACGUCAUCCGAUCGCAUACAGCAAGAAUACCAUUUCGAAUCAUCGAUGUCAUGGUGGUACCAGAGCGAUGUUACAUAUCAGUCUCGGUGGUAAUCAUCCUUUUGUUCAAAAUCGAAGAUUUGCCGUAACUCAUUUAGAUCAUAUCAAUGAAGAUGAUCGAAUAGUUCAAAUGACUUCUUUUGCUCCGCAUCGAAAAAAUAUCAAUAUUUUAAUGGGCGAUAUGAAUGCAGUGACACAUGAAGAUUACUCAGACAAUUAUUAUCAACAGAUUGUUUUCAGUAAACGAAAACAAGCUCGAUGGGAAUUACCGCGGUUCGAUCUCACUCGUCUCAUAACGACGAGUUUCGCUUUUCAAGAUGCUUUUCGACAAGCUAAUCCAGAACUGAAAGAUGAACAAGUGGCGACGUGUCCUUAUGGUACACGAAUUGAUUACAUCUUCUGGCGUCCCUUGAUCAAUGAUGAAUGGGUAUUAAAAGAUUGUUCUCUUGUUGAUACUAAACAGACCACUGAUCAUCAAGCAGUCAUGGCCAUAUUCGAACAUCAACAGAAAUAA